AGGCCAGGUCAAGAUUGGUUUCUCGCCUUCACGAGACGACAUCCUGAACUGGUAGUACGUAAGGCUCAAGGAAUGUCUACUGCCAGAGCCAAAGGCAAGAAUGUACCCAAUAUUUCGAACUGCUAGGAAACGUUUUGAGAGAAAAUAAUUUAUUAAAUAAGCCUCGAAACAUUUUUAAUCUCGAUGAAACUGGAUUGCAGUUAAAUAAUAGUCCAGGCAAAGUUGUGGUAACUAAAGGCGCUAAAAUGGUAAACUGUAUCACAAGUGCUGAAAAGGGAGAAACUAUUUCCGUUAUAACGUGUGUAAACGCAGAAGGCAGUUUUUUCCCCACCCUGCUGUAUAUUCAAAGGGAAAAACAAAAAAAAGGAAUUUGAAGAUGGUCUACCACCUGGAGGAAAGGUUGUUAUGAGCGAGAGCUUAUGUCACAUCUGAAAUUUUUUCCAAUGGUUUCGUGAAUUUUUUGUUCCGCGGAAAGAUGCCGAACCUGUGGGAUUUACCUUUUAAUCCUGAAAAAAUUCCUGAUUAUGCUUUUACCAUUAACGACGAACCAUCAGCUGAAGACAAACACAACCCACAAGACAUUCUCAGUGAGGAGCAAAACGACCACAGACCAGGUAGUGUCAUUGCAGUCAAGAACCCCGCAAAUAGAAACCCCUUUGAAGCAAUUUCACCGGUUCCAUGCGUGGAACCAGGAGCAAGUGGCUACAGAUGA